UUCAGGAUGAUUGGAUGAUAUUUCUUCAUUGCACAUAAAUACCUGAUAGAUAAAUAGAUGAACUGAAAGAGGGCCCAUGGUUCACUGAGCACCACAGGAAAACAAAGUGUGGCGUCAUCAGUACAGAGGUCUAUGGCAUUUAAGGAAUUGAUGAGUUCAGGUCAAAAUUUGAUUUUAAUUAAAGGGUCUCAACAACAGCACAUUUUAGACCAGAUGAACAACUAAAUUCUCCCAGCCACCCGCCCCUAAGAGGUUGUCCCAACACCUGUCUAAACUGCCAUAAAGCCAUACAAAAUACUCCUUUUUACUAGAAUUCACACCAAUAAAAGUUAUGCAUUAAUUGCUGUUGUCUCAGAGGCUGUUCUUAGUUAUUUUGAUAUCGUUACAUUGAACGCACACAAAUUUCACUCGAGCGUACACCAGUGGAAGAAAGAAAUCGCCUCUCACUUGACGUCAUACGCAUGAGGUGAAUUCGUGCGCUCACAAUCCGACCGCCACUUCAGUGACACAAUGAAUUUGUACAAUUGCUUGGUCCGCUCUCGGCCACCGUGAGUGCCUUUUUCUUAAUAUAUAGACUACAUCAGUGCACGAAGUCAAGGGCCCGGGGAUUUUCUAAACCUAGGUAUCGUUCCUGCGAUUACCAUCGCGCAGCGGCUGCCAAAAAAAUUACCUUGCUGGUUUUGUCAGUCUGGCCCAGAAUAUGUAAUUAUUCAACUUUAUUUAUUUUUUGCGUUGUCGAAUGGCUCAUAGAUUUUCCAUUUUAUUCAAUAAUUACAAGAUAAUACAUGGUUUUUCGCCUCACUUGGAGCCGCCGUGACAGCGAAGCCGUAGUUUCAUAAAUGGUAACAGACUGCAAAUGUUUGCCUAGAAACGUGCAUGACGACUACACACAGAUAAGUGGCCACCUGUUGUGGUAAUUGAAAGCGACAAAUCUGGGCCAAAAUUUGGCCUGACGGUUUAAUCUGAGGGGUAGGAGACAGAUUCGAUUUCAUUAUGACAUCUAAGGACGACACUAAAACUUACCUGUCAAAGCGGGAGAUUCCCCAGUUGUUUGAGAGUCUCAUGACUGGGUUGAUGUACCACAAGCCGGGCAACCACGUAGAGUACAUGCUGGAAUGUCUAAACAAGAUCAAAGAUGACAAGAUGGAAGCAGUCCGCUGGAACACCUUUGUGGAUGGGGUCAAAGGUCAAGCCCCUUUGCCCCCAAUACCAUCGAGUGAUGCUCCCAUGGAGCGAGAGCCAACUUUCACUACAGAGGUUCCGUUGGAGAUGAAGCGUAGCAGCCCUCUACCGCCCAUCCCUACAUCCCCAGGAGUGGUUGCCACAGCCAAGCAAGGAGUCCCGCCCCCUCACACCAGGUUCAUCUUUGUUGUUGGUGGGCCGGGCAGCAGCAAGAGCGAACACUGCAAGCGGCUGACCAAUCGCUACAGCGGCUACCUGCACAUCUCGGUGGGUCACAUGCUGAGGAGGAAAAUCAAGAAAUACCCCAAGGGGAAAUGGGAGAUGCUGGCAGACCUGGUGCUGAGUGGACAGAUGGUGCCCCACGAGACGGCCUUUGAGUUGGUGCAGGCCAAGAUAGGGAGCAAGGUGCAGAAACAGCCAGACCUCCUGGGAUUUAUCAUAGAGGGGUACCCCCGGGGCAUGGAGCAGGUGCAGGCUUUUGAGAAGGAGUUCGGAGCCGUCGAUCUGGUCUUGUACCUGAUGUGUGAUGAGACCCGACUCAGGUUUCGCCUGGAGAAACGUAAGGACACCAGUGGCCGGUUGGAUGACACAGAUUCAGCCAUCACCAACAGGCUAGCCAGCUUCCACAGCAGUGUGCCAGGCGUGGUGGACUACUUCCGACAGAAAAGUGUCCUGCACCAGGUCAACUGUGAUCGCGACGUGGAGGAAGUGUUCUAUGACAUCGCCAACUUGUUUGACUCUCGUUUCUUCACGCAGAGUGCAUCAGAUGCCAGUAAUACUGGCAUGGGACAAGCUGCUAGUCCACUUCCCCCGAUCAAAACCGACAUGAAGACCGAGGCAAAUGGGGCUGAGGGGCAGGCGAAGAACAUUCCGGAGACAGCGGAAGAGCAGGAAGUAGUUCUCACUGGAUCACCGGGCAACAUGUCAGGUUCCAAGCAAGGCACAAGAGACGAAGAAGGAACGGGAGACUCCAAUGCGGAAAAGAGCAUUGUGGACAAGACAGCAGAAGAAAAAGAGGCUCUGGGCGUCGAAGGCCUGAAAAUGAUGGAAAUGUUUGGAAAGCUUGAAAAAGGUAAUCAGGAAGGUGAAGAGAAUGCAGAGGCCCAACCAGCGGCCCAGCCAGAGGUGGAGGAAGAGCCAAUCACCGAAGAAAAGGCAUUCAUAACCGGGGACAAGGGGAGAGUAGCAGAUGAAGAGGCUGCAGAGAAGCUGAAGAAGUGUAAGAUCAUCUUUGUCAUCGGAGGGCCAGGGUCUGGCAAGGGCACCCAGUGUGAGAAGCUUGUCAGCAACUACGGGUUCACGCACUUGUCAUCCGGCGACCUCCUGAGGGCAGAGGUCAAGUCAGGAUCAGAGAGGGGUCAGAGGCUAACAGCCAUUAUGGAGAAUGGAGACCUUGUGCCACAGGAGACAGUCCUUGAGCUACUGAAGGAGAACAUGUUAGCCAAGGCAGACACGUCCACCGGCUAUCUGAUUGAUGGUUACCCAAGAGAGGUCCAGCAGGGGAUCGAGUUUGAGAAGCAGAUCACUGAGUGCACCUGCGCUCUCUACUUUGAGGUGUCCGAUGAGACCAUGACGGCCAGGCUCCUGAAGCGUGCCGAGACAAGCGGGCGGGUGGACGACAACGAAGAAACCAUCAAAAAGAGACUGACGACCUUCCACUCUGCCACAGAGCCGGUGGUAGUGCACUACGAAGAGAAGAACAAGAUCGUGAAAGUAUCGGCUGAAAUAGAUCCUGACAGUGUGUUCUCACUGGUGAAAGAUGCCUUGAAAGAACGUGGCAUUGAGCCUGCCAGCCAAGAUUCUGCAGCCGAAAAGCUGAAGAAGUGUAAGAUCAUUUUUGUCAUCGGAGGGCCAGGGUCUGGCAAAGGCACCCAGUGUGAGAAGCUUGUCAACAACUACGGGUUCACGCACUUGUCAUCCGGUGACCUCCUGAGGGCAGAGGUCAAGUCAGGGUCAGAGAGGGGUCAGAAGUUAACAGCCAUUAUGGAGAAUGGAGACCUUGUGCCACAGGAGACAGUCCUUGAGCUACUGAAGGAGAACAUGUUAGCCAAGGCAGACACAUCCACCGGCUAUCUGAUUGAUGGCUACCCACGAGAGGUCCAGCAGGGGAUUGAGUUUGAGAAGCAGAUCACUGAGUGCACCUGCGCUCUCUACUUCGAGGUGUCUGAUGAAACCAUGACGGCCAGGCUCCUGAAGCGUGCCGAGACAAGCGGGCGGGUGGACGACAAUGAAGAAACCAUCAAGAAGAGACUGACGACGUUCCACAAUGCCACAGAGCCGGUGGUAGUGCACUACGAAGAGAAGAACAAGAUUGUCAAAGUGUCGGCCGAGACGGAUCCAGACAGCGUGUUCAUGCUUGUGAAAGAUGCUUUGAAAGAACGCGGUAUCGAGCCUGCCAGUCAAGCAAAACGGCAGAAGUUCAUUUUUGUCAUUGGUGGCCCUGGCUCUGGCAAGAAAGAAGUUGCCAAGAAAAUGGCCGCCCAGCACCAAUUGGUCCACCUUUCUGCCGGUGAACUCCUGAGGGUGCUGUCCAAUUUGGACACACCUGAGGGUAAAGAGGUGGCCCAGGCCAUCCAGGCGGGUAGUCUGGCACCGCAGGAGAUCCUGCUCAGUGUCAUGCGGGAGGAGGUGAGGAAGAACGCGUCGGCCGACGGGUUUGUGAUAGACGGGUUCCCGAGGACGGUGGCGCAAGCAGAAGAGUUUGUCGGCGAGUUUGGAUACAUCGAGGGGGCGCUCUUCCUGGAAGGGGUACGGGAAGACCUGCUCAAGAACAUCUCAUCACGGGCAGAGACCAGCGGGCGACCCGACGACAGCGCCGACAUUGCCGGCGCCAAGCUGGACAAGUUUGAGGCUGAGCUGCCCGCUGUCCGGGAACUCCUGGAGAAGCAGAAAACAGCAGUGAAAAAGGAGCUUUCGUUCAAGGAUGCGGCAGAUGAUGUUGAUGCCCUCCUUGACAUCUUGAAUGCCUUUGGUACUGUAGACAAGUAGACAAGAACACAUCAGGUCUUGCCCGCAGCGAGGCAACCAACUUCAACUCUCAGGAUGCUUGGGUGACAUAAUCGUGUUUAAAGAGGUCAUGGCAAUAGAAGCACAGGCUGUUUUACCGUAGCGUCGUGAUUCUGUCCAGUGUACACAAGGUCCGUUGUGCACCUCGUGUGGGCUCCAUCCUGCCCUUGCUGAGGUUCAGUCCUACAAAGCAAAUGUGCACUUAAUUGAAACUUGCAUGUAACUGUACUGUCUGGGUGCGAUUCUGUGCCAAGUUUUGACUUGGGAACACACAGGAUUUUCUGAAUCUCUGCUUUGUCUGCACCUCCACCAUCAGGCUUCAGCGUGGAGAAUUUUAGUCUCGUAGAGCCGACAGUGCCCGCUCCAUUGCUGCUGCAGGAACAUUGGACAGGCUAAAGCAAGGCCCAAGUUUGUAGCAUUCUUUCAUUUGGUUUGUAACAGUAACAAUCAGAAUCUGAUCAUGGACCGCAAGAGAUGAACCUGGAAAUGAAGGACAAAGCUGAGAUUUGGAAAAGGGGCACAGCUAGCAGUGUGUGCAUACAUGACUGUAAUGAAUGACAUGUCAGUGGACAUUUGCAGUGGCCCCCAUUAAUGGCGGAAAGCUGUGUGUUGGGUUUUGUGUGGAACAACUUUUGUGGAAUAGUGCCUCCGUACAAAUCAUUACAGUGCUUUCCACCAUUGGCGGGGGCCAUUGCAGAUGAUCAGUGAUAGCAUCAUCAUGGUCAGCAGAUUUAUCUCCGUGGCUCUUUGGGCGAGGCUACACAGCGCCCUCACAGGGCCAAUGAGAUGUGAAUCACACCUCGUACAUGUAGUUGAAUUGGGAGUGCCAGGUCUUUUAAGGCUCUAAUGUUAUGGCAACUGAAGAUGAAGGCAUUUUUUUUCACAAAGAACAAAUUGUAAUUCAACAACCAGAGCAGAAGCCAUUGCUGCGGUGGCACAGUGCUCAUCAGGUGCUAGUGGACAGGUGGUACGCGCGCGCUGCUUGCCUACUCGACUGAUAGGAUGUCAUGAUGUGCCAAAUGCGUGCAUGUGUCAAGUCUAUCAAUGCCUUCACCAGUGCAGCACCACCACAGUGAUGGCAGUUCGUUAAAUUAGUCUAUAGGAAUCAGGAAUGGUAUAAAAGUGCAUCCGGUAAUUACAGUAGGAGGAAAUGGAAAGAGUGGUAACAGAAAAAAUAGUCUUUCUUUUAAGUCAUUGUAGGGCAGUCUUGCGGCAUGACCAUUUGCCAACUACUGGUUGAUUUUUCCCUGGUAACCUUUGCACAGAAUGCAGCUAUGGGUACCGGGUAAAAUCAACCAGUGCUUGACAAAUAGUCACUGCUUGAACUUUGCCCCUAGAUGGUGUAACUACACAAGCUUUUGCAAAUUGGUGCAUGGCAAAAUUUUUCAAAUAAGAUAUUAUGCAGAUAUGAAGGCAUCCUUGUUAUAUAGGCGUGAAUUGUUUAGCCCACGAUUUUAUUUUUAUAUUUUUAAACUAUUGAUGACCUGCAUUUUACCACACUUUCAUUGCUGUUCAGAGACAUAGUACAUGUAAAUAUUUGUGAAUUCUUUCCAUCUUUUUGUGAUUUCAAUGGAAUAUUCAGCUGUGUAAAAUAAUUGUUUUUGACUCAUAAUUUUUCACUGCCAAAAUUUUUAUUUGUCGUAAAAAAAUCUGACAAUCCGUUUUGAGGUGAAGGCUUGAAAUUUAUUGUUUUUACAGACUUUUCUGUAGCAAAGCCAGUCUUUCAAUGCCCACUGAUUAGUAAUCCAACGUUUAUUUAAAGGAGAGUAACUUGGUCUUCUGAAAUGGGACCUGGGGCUGAAAUUCAUAAAUUUUUUUUUACCAAACUUUUACCCAAUAUUUCAUGAAAUUCUCAUGUUAGCUAUGCAGCCUACCAUAAGGCAAUUCAUAAAGAUGUUCACAUUAAUACUGAUCCGUAAACAAACAAGGUAAAACACCAUUACAGCAAGGUUUGGUUGCCACAUGAAAACUAUUUCUCACUUUCCCCUAUACUGAAUGUCUCUUGGUUUCUUUGUAGAACACAGUAAAAAGAAAGAAUUUUCAAAAUGGAAAUCUGUGAUCAGAGGUUAGAUAACUCAGAUAUUCCACACUUUGUAAGCCACUUAUAGUAUGCGCUUACAUUUAUGUACAUAGAAAUGGUGUGUGAAUUAUGAACCACUCUGUGUCCUUUGUGCACAUUCAGAUGUAAAUAUUUUGCACCACUGUGCCUUUCCUUAGUAUUGAGGCUUUGCAUGGCUGCCAUCUUGCUGGUCAAUAGUUUUGUUCCACUGAGUCUGUAUAUAAGGGGCUUCCUUGUGGAACACAAGAGCUGCCCUGCAAGAUGGCUACCACACAAAGCCUAUGUUGAAGAAGUCACACUAUUUUCACGUGGCAGAUAUUCAAAUUAUGCAAAAAAUACGCACAGAUGUUAUGCCAAAAGCUGAAAGCCAUAUUCUUCCACCACAGGUAAAAGAAAAAAAACGUUUAUUUACAAAAUCUGAAGUCUGUCCAGACCAGAUCAAAUAUUACUCAUUUUAUUUCAUACUCAGACUGCCAUUGGAACCUCAAAAUUUUAUCCAAUUUAACUUUUGCACAUUUUAUCGGCUGUAUUUUACUUUGCCUAUUUACCUAUAUUAGUUGUACAUGUAGCUCUGUAUCUCAUUGCCUUUCCAACUAAGUUGGGGAAUUUACUCGAUGACGCAACAGCUGUAUAAAUUUAUAUGAUUUUAUUUGUAUAUAUAGCAAGAGAUCUCUACUUGUAUUUGCUGGAAUUUCGACUCUGUUUACUUCAAGAAAGAUAAUGUCAUAUAAACAUACUGGUGACUUGUUCAAUAAGGAAGUAUGCUAUUCAGAAAGUUUGAUUUGUUCUGCGUGAGUUCAUAGUACAAAAAUAUCUUUGCAUCUUCUUGUCAAGGUGUUAUUUAAAUGCAGUUGUGUGUGAUUUUUAUUUACAUAAAUGUAUUAGAAACUAUACUAAUAGACAGUUGAACCAGUAGAAUAAACUGCUGAAAAUGAA